AUGCAUUGUAAUUACAAGUGGUUCAACCUCCACUCCAUUCCCUCAGACCCCCGAGACUACAAAUGUCAUGUGGAAAAUGCCUCAGAAAUACCUGGCAGUGUGAGAAGCCUGAACAUCAUCCUGCAAGCCCCUGGGAUAGCAGCAACCAAGGGAAAGUUAAGCGGAACCCAAAAUGUCAUCACUCUGGAAUGCUUUAGUCUUCAAAGCCCCGUGCAAGUACAUCUGCUGUAUUUGGAGAAGAUGCACGGAGAUGUGACAAACCAGACAGCGGAGAAGUGCACCCUGCAGAGCCUGGAAGUCACCACCAGUGCAAACAGGAAACCUGCCACCAGCUACAGCUGUGCUUUACUAACACACCGCAGAAAAAAGUUUCAGAGGAAAAUUAUUCUUAAAGUGUUUCUGGCAGGGAUAUCAAACUGUGUUAUAACAGCAAAGCUGCCCAAGCUGAAAGUUUUUGCAGAGGGUCUGACUGUCCCACACGUGCACCAAGAAAAUAAAACUUUAGAGGACGAAAUUGAAUCCACAGAUGACAAAGAUAUGCAGAUGAGAAUAAACCUCAGUAUUGUCAUGAAAGUGUUCAUCGUUUGCAUCCUGUUAGCCAUCGCAAUACCCUACAUCGUGUUUGUUGUCUGUGAAAUUCCCUGCCCG